CUUCUCCUCACUCAUCCACUCGCUGAUUCUCCAGCCUCGCUCAUUCUCCAGAGAAGAGAACAACAGAAAGCCUGCGUCAAAAUGAUGUCUUCUUCAUCCACCCGCAGCUACAUGUCCUCAGGAGGAUCUUCUCAAUUUGGUGGCGGAGCUGGUCGUGUCUCAUCAAUGCGUGCCGGUAGUGUGUAUGGAGGAGCAGGAGGAUCUGGUGUCCGUAUCUCCAGUGCCUCUGCUUCUCGUUCCUUCUCUGCUGGAGGUGCUGGCUUUGGAGGUGGUGCUGGUUUCGGAGGUGGUGCUGGUUUCGGAGGUGGUGCUGGUUUCAACCUGGCUGAUGCCAUUGAUGUGUCUGCAAAUGAGAAAGCCACCAUGCAAAACCUCAAUGACCGUCUGGCCUCCUACCUGGAGAAGGUGCGCACCCUUGAGAAGGCCAAUGCUGAUCUUGAGCUGAAGAUCCGCCAGUUCCUGGAGAGCAAGACGUCCCCCUCUGCACGGGACUACAGUGCCUAUUACGCUACUAUCACUGACCUUCAGGCCAAGAUUCAGCAUGCUACUGGUCUAAACGGGGGCAUCUACUUGAGCAUUGACAAUGCCAAGCUGGCUGCAGAUGACUUCAGAGUCAAAUAUGAGAAUGAGCUGAGCAUGAGGCAGUCAGUAGAGGCAGAUAUUGCUGGGCUGAGAAGGGUGCUGGAUGAGCUGACAAUGGCCAGAUCUGAUCUGGAGAUGCAGAUUGAGGGCCUGAGAGAAGAGCUGAUCUUCCUCAAGAAGAACCACGAGGAGGAACUCUUGGCCGCACGUGCCCAGAUGAGUGGACAGGUCAAUGUAGAGGUUGAUGCAGCACCACAGGAAGACUUGACAAAGAUCAUGGCUGAAAUCCGUGAGCACUACGAGGCAGUUGCUAAUAAGAAUCGCAAGGACCUUGAGGCUUGGUUCCAGUCCAAGAGUGAAGCCCUUAACAAGGAAGUUGCUAUCAGCACAGAAACCCUUACAACAUCCCGAUCUGAAAUCACAGAGGUUAAACGCACACUCCAGAGUCUUGAAAUCGAAUUGCAAUCUCAACUUAGUAUGAAAUCAUCAUUGGAAGGCACUUUGGCAGAAACACAGGCCCGCUACGGCUCCAUGUUAUCCGGCUACCAGUUCCAAGUGAGCAGCAUGGAAGAGCAACUGGUGCAACUUCGUGCCGAUCUGGAGCGCCAAGGUCAAGAGUAUAGGAUGCUUCUGGACAUCAAGACCAGACUGGAGAUGGAGAUCGCAGAGUACAGGAGACUGCUGGACGGAGAGGCUACUAGCGUCUCAACCUCAAGCAAAAGCUCAAGCACAACUACACGCAAAGUGGUAACCAUUGUGGAAGAGGUGGUGGACGGCAAAGUGGUCAGCUCAUCUUCCCAGGCUACCAGCCAGACCGUGGCACAAAAAAGCUCUUGAGCAGCAACAACCUCAGAGUAAUUUUGAAAAAUACCAAUAAACUGGUCUAACUGAGAA